CUGCAAAAUAUUUACGAUAAACUGCAUUGUAGACUGCUGAGAAAUAAAAGUCAGUAAUGGCUACAGGACAAUCGAUGGAUCACUUCUGGAAUUGCCUCUCAAAAGACGUGGGCCGGAUUCCGGACACCAUACGGCACGUUCUAGAGGUGACCGAAUAUAUCAACUCUGCCCUGGCAUACAUCGGCAGUGAGGAAAUUACGGCCAUCGAAACCGACAUACGGCAACUGCCGGAAAUAAUGGGAAAACCGGCGCGGGAUCCCUCGAUGCAAAAAUAUUUCGGCAGAUUCAUAAACGCUCCGGAGCGGUUCAGAUUUAUGGCAGGUGAACGUGCUAUUUUGAAACUUAUUGCCGCGUGUAUACAGCGAAAAGGUAUCAACUAUUACCUGCGAUUUGCGGAGAAACGUGAAAGAGACUGGCAGUCGCAAGGGUCCCAUGAAUCGAAUGCAGCAGAAGUGAAAAGAAAAAUUAUUGAUUUUUACAAUGAAAGGUGCGACGGCAGUGUUGAGCAGAUCGAUUUUUGCAACCGUGUUGCAGGUGUCCGGGUGGAGGUGCUGGAUGCCGAUGAUAGCGGUCUAGUUGCUCGUAUACGGUGCGUAUUCUGCACGGAGCGGAACGAUAUUACCUGCCGGCCGGAGCGGGUCGGAGGCAAUUGGAAGGUAUCGAAUUAUUUUUCGCACGUGCGAAAUGUUCACAAAGCGCUGAAUGCACCGACAUCACUGCCACGGUCAUCGGUCAGUCGCAGCCAGUCAAGCACUUCACCGCCGAUAGAAUAUAGUGGCGAAGGGUCGAAUCUCUGCAAUCCCGGCAGUUACGCGUGCGAAUCCUGGGCCAAUUCGAACGAUGUUAGCUCAAGUCAUGAAAACGCGCAGAAGAGGACAAUGAAUUCACUUGACGAUUUUGAAUUUGUCGUUAAAGAAGAACAAUUUAGAUAAUUAAGUUACUCUAAGCCGGAAUAAUCGCAAAAAAUUGAAUAUCAAAUUCGAAUGCAGCAUCCAUAGAGGUAAGACUAAGAAUAAUCUUAAAUUAGUUUAUUUA